CGUGUCAAAUAAUCUGGCUAAAUCAGAUGCGUUAUUUCCUGAUACUUUCAAGUCACUUGUAUUAGAAAAUACAAUUAUAAGAGUCAACCUUUAAUACCAAAUAUGCCAUUUAAUAUAAUAAUUUAAUCCAGUAUGUCAUUUAAUAUUCUAACUUGAGAUUGGUGACACACAAAUUUCAACAUUUACGACCAUGACUCUUAUUAAUUUCUGAAUAGCUACACAUGCAUUGAGCUAAACAACACGCAGUGAUUUGAACUUCUUAUGCACGCUUAAGUUAAUUAUGUGCCUCUCGAUUACUCAAUAUAAAAGUAAAAAUAAAGAGACCCAAAUCAUAACAAGUGACAAAGUUGAAUGUAUCCUUGUCUUGUCUUAAUUUGCUUUGCUUGGACAUCAAUGACUCUGUCUUCUCAACUUGUAUUCCUUCUUAUUCCCUUGCUCUUUUUUCUGUCAACAAACUAUGUUUUUGCUCAAACCAAUAAUGGCAAAGUGAACUUGGGAGCUUCCCUCUUUGCAGCAGAGAAUUCUUCCCCUUGGCUCUCUCAGAAUGGCGAUUUUGCUUUCGGGUUUCGUCAGCUUAGAAACCAAGAUGAUGAUAUCCUCUUCUUGCUGUGCAUAUGGUAUGCCAACAUACCUGACAAAACCAUAGUUUGGCAUGCAAAUGGAGAAACAGACCCGGUCAUGGUGCCGAGGGGAUCUCAACUCAACCUCAGUGCCAAUCAUGGGCUUUUGUUGACUAAUCCUCAAGGCCAAGAGCUAUGGAAAUCAGAGUCCAUUGUUGGAGACACUGCUCGUGGUGUCAUGAGUGAUGAAGGCAACUUCAUUAUUGAAGAUAACAACUCAGAGAAGUUAUGGGAAAGCUUUAAGUAUCCAACAGAUACCAUUUUGCCAAGUCAAGUAUUGGACAUUGGACAAGUCCUUUCAUCUCAUCAAUCAGAGACUAACUUUUCCAAAGGAAGGUUCCAGUUUUGUUUACGAAAAGAUGGGAAUGUUGUGCUCAAGACAAUAAACUUGCCUUCUGACUUGGCCAAUGAACCUUAUUAUGCAAGUGACAUCACUGGUGGAAGAUCUAAUCCAAUGACUGCAACCACACAAGCAGUCUUCAAUGAGUCAGGCUACUUGUAUGUUUCAAUAGGGAAUAGCGAGAUGUUCAAUCUGACACAAGGAAGAGUAGUGUCACCAAGGGACAACUACGUUCGAGCAACAAUUAGUUUUGAUGGAGUUUUCACACAAUAUUUUCAUCCUAAGAAAUUCAGUAGCAAUGUAAGUUGGACACCUCUUUGGUCUAUACCAAAUAACAUUUGCUUUUCAACCUAUGUUUCAGCAGGUAUUGGAGUUUGUGGGUAUAAUGCCAUUUGCAGCCUCAAGGAAGAUAAGAGACCAAAGUGUGAAUGCUUAGAAGGGUACUCUCUAAUCAAUCCUAAUGACAGUUAUGGAAGUUGUAAACCAGAUUUCAUACAAGGCUGCAAAGAAGAUGAGCUAAUUAGUUCUGGGAAAGAUGCUUAUGAUGUUGUGGAGCUCAGGAAUGGUGGUUGGCCUGGAUCAGCUGAUUACAUGAAAAUAUCAUCUUCCACUAGAGAAACCUGCAAAGAUUCUUGCUUGACUGACUGUUUAUGUGUUGCUGCUGUUCUCAGAGGAGGUACCUGUUGGAAGAAGAGGUUUCCUUUGUCAAAUGGGAGAGUGGAUAAUACUAAUCCAUCUAUUGCUUUCAUCAAAAUUCGCAAGGGUAACUCUACUUUUCCUACUUUAUUUGUACCGAAAGUGAUCAAGAAAAACCAGAAUGGUUUGAUCCAUGUCAUACUAGGAAUAUUAAGUGGAUCUGUAUGUGUUAACUUUAUGUUACUUGGUGCAAUUUGUAUGGGGAUUUUGUUCACUCGCAAGAAGAAGAGUGAAAGGUCUCCAUCUCCACAAGAUGAUCCUGAAUCGAAUUUGCGAUGCUAUAGCUACAAAGAACUGGAAGAAGCCACAGAUGAUUUCAAAGAUGAACUGGGACAUGGAUCUUUUGGCAUUGUUUACAAAGGCCACCUCAUACAAACUAAUGCUAGCAUUGCCGUGGCUGUGAAAAAAUUGAGUUCAAUACUAAAAGAUGGUGAAAGAGAAUUCAAGGCUGAAUUGAAAUCCAUUGGCCAGAUACAUCACAAGAAUCUUGUUCGCCUACUAGGAUAUUGUAAUGAUGGAGCUAAUCGUUUGUUGGUGUACGAGUACUUGAGCAAUAACACUCUAGCAAGCUUUUUGUUUGGUGGCAUCAUAAGGCCUUGUUGGAACCAAAGAAGUGAACUUGCUUUAGGAAUUGCAAAAGGGCUCUUAUAUUUACACGAGGAGUGCAACACUCAGAUCAUUCAUUGUGAUAUAAAGCCUCAAAACAUACUUCUUGAUGAGUACAACAAUGCCAAGAUAUCUGAUUUCGGUUUGGCCAAACUUUUGAUGAUUAAUCAGAGUCAUACACAUACAGCCAUUAGAGGAACAAAAGGGUAUGUUGCACCAGAGUGGUUUAGGAACAUGGCCAUUACUUCUAAAGUGGAUGUGUAUAGCUUUGGUGUGGUGUUGCUUGAGAUCAUUUGUUGUAGAAGAAAUGUACUGGAUAUGGAGACAAGUGUGGAAGGGAAAGAGAUAUUGACAGACUGGGCUUAUGAUUGCUUCAGAGAAGGGUCAUUAGAUGUUCUGGUAGAUUAUGAAGUUGAAGCUUUGGAAGAUAAGAAGAAGUUGGAGACAUAUGUGAUGGUGUCUAUGUGGUGUGUUCAAGAAAAUCCAUCUCUUAGACCAAAUAUGAGAAAGGUUACUCAAAUGCUUGAAGGAGUUGUGGAAGUACAUGUUCCACCAUGCCCAACUCCAUAUUCCAUAACCACUUGAACUUGAAAUCCCUUUGUCUUUUUCAAGUCUUUGCUAAAUAAUGUCUACUAAUUGGUAGUUAAUUUGUACUAAAUAAUUGAUCAUGUCUAUGUAUUUUCUUAUUAUUAUUAUUAAAAGCCUCCAAUUUUUAGAAGUAAAAUUAUGGCUUUGCUUGAAAAUUCAUUUAUUCUCUCUCUUUCUUAAGCUAUAAUCUUUGUUAUCAAGUAUCAUGAUCACAAACCAAUUUAUCAAAUAAAAUUAAGGAAAAAUAACAGCUAAAAUACUUAAAUUUUGUAUUUACUUACACAGAGAAACAAAAAAAAAAAAAUUCACGGUAGAAGUACCAAAAAACUCUACUUUUACUUCCACUACAUAGAUACCAACAUUUAAGGUCGCGGUAGAAGUACCAAAAAACUCUAC